AUGGGGCCAACCAAAGAUGAGGCAGAAAUCGAAGGAAGAUCGGCUGGAGGCGAUUUGAUUGCCAUCGUAGGCAUGGCAAUGCGACUGCCCGGCAAGGUGCGCAAUGCGGAGGACUUCUGGCGGUUGCUGGUGGAGAAGAGAAGUGGUCUUUGUGAGGUGCCGCCAGAUCGGUACAACAGUGAUGCCUUUCAUGAUCCGGAUGGGAAGCUGGGAACAAUCCGUGCGAAACAGGGCUAUUUCCUUCAGGAGGUCGACAUUCGACAAUUCGAUAACACCGUCUUCACCACCUCCAAGAAAGAACUUCAGCGUCUGGACCCUGAGCAACGGCAACUCCUCGAAGUUGUAUACGAAUGUUUUGAGAACGCUGGAACUACCUCGUGGCGUGGUAGUAAGGUCGGCUGCUAUGUGGGUGUAUUUGGUGAGGACUGGCUCGACCUCAAUGCAAAGGAGACCCAACAUAUGGGGGGAUAUCGGUUUACAGGUUACGGAGACUUUGUGCUCAGCAAUCGCGUCUCCUAUGAAUUCGAUCUGCACGGGCCAAGCAUGACGGUGAAAACGGGAUGCUCGUCCUCGUUGGUCUGCUUAGAUCUGGCCUGUAAAGCAAUCCGGGCUGGCGACUGUGAGAGUGCUUUAGUGUGCGGGACAAGCCUCAUAUUCUCUCCCACAAUGACUUUGGCUUUGAGUGACCAGGGCCUACUAUCUCCAACUGGGACAUGCAAAACCUUUGAUGCAGCAGCCGACGGCUAUGCUCGGGGGGAAGCCUUGAAUGCCGUUUAUAUCAAGAAGGCUAGCCAGGCCAUACAAGAUGGGGAUCACAUUCGUGCUAUCAUUCGGGGAACCAGGGUCAACUGUGACGGUCGGACCCAAGGGAUGACGAUCCCAAGUACUGCUGCCCAAGAGGCACUGAUCCGUGAAACGUAUGAGGCCUGUGGACUCUACGAUGUUUCGCAGACGGCCCUGGUCGAAUGCCACGGCACUGGUACUCCGGUUGGGGAUCCACGUGAAGCUGCCGCGGUAGCCAAUUGUUUCGGCGAGAAGGGGGUGAUCAUCAUGUCGGUGAAGCCCAAUGUCGGCCACUCGGAGGGCGCAGCGGGCUUGACGAGUCUCAUCAAGGCCGUUCUCGCUCUCCAACACUGCCAAGUGCCUCCCAACAUCAAUUUUGACCACCCUAAUCCAGACAUUCCAUUUGAACGAUCCAGAUUGCAUGUACCAACUGAACUCGAGUCGUGGCCCGCGGAUCGUGCUGAAAGGAUCAGUAUAAAUUCGUUUGGGAUCGGAGGUGUGAAUGCUCAUGCUAUUAUUGAUUCGCCUAAACAAUGUGGAAUUGAGCCUAUGCGGUUCCCUGUGGGUGAAGAGAGACUAAAGGAGAGCCAAGCGAGGCUCUUACUGUUCUCUGCCCAGUGUCGCGAUGCUGUUGACCGGUCUGUCAACAAUGACCAGGAUUAUCUCCAGGGGAGUAGAGCAUCUAGCAAAGAUGUGGCUUACACUCUGGCCAACCGCCGCAUCCAUCACUCGUAUCGGGCGUACAUCGUGAUGAAUCCCGCACCAGCACCAUCCCUUUCCAGCGUGGUUCGCAUCGGACCAGUGCCAAAAGUUGCUUGGGUGUUCACUGGACAAGGAGCCCAGUGGCCUGAAAUGGGGGCGAGCCUCAUCGAUUCCAAUGCAACCUUCCGCCACACAAUCAGGAGGUUAGACAGGUUUCUGGCCUCUCUCCCCUCCGCGCCACCAUGGAACAUCGAAGAGGAGAUGCGGAAGCCCGAACAUGUCAGUCGCGUCUACCAAGCGGAAAUGGGCCAUCCAUUGACGAUCGCGGUUCAGCUCGGGCUGGUUGAUGUAUUGCAAUCCUGGGGUGUCACCCCAAUGGUAGUGCUGGGUCACUCCUCCGGUGAAAUGGCCGCUGCUUACGCUUCUGGUGCAAUCACCGCUGAAGGCGCCAUAGCAGCAGCGACCUUUCGCGGCAUCAGCAACGAAAGAUCCCCGCGCAAGGGUUUGAUGGCCGCGAUCGGGUUAGGGAGAGGAGAGGUGUCUCCUCUGUUAGAAGCUGGGGUGGUCAUUGCUUGUGAAAACAGCCAGUCAAGCGUUACUAUCUCAGGCGACGCGCUUCAGGUCGAGAAGGUGAUCAGUCGAGUCCAAUCGGAGCGACCAGAUGUUCUGGCGCGUGUAUUGCGCGUCCAAAAGGCAUUUCACUCUCAUCACAUGCAUGAGCUUGGACCGGAGUAUGAACGACACAUCCACCAGCUCAUUCAUAGCAACGAUCCCAAGAUUCCCUUUUAUUCCGCUGUCACGGGGGACAAACUGACUGGAGCUGGCUGUCUGGGAGCGGCUGAUCCUCUUCUGUUCAUCGAGAUUGGACCGCAUCCUGCACUCAAAGGCCCAAUGGGCCAUGUGGUCCGCGAGCUUGGUCGGUCAGACACACAUCUCAGUACAUUGGUUAGGCAGCAGAGCUGUGAGCCCUGUCUUCUCGACCUUGCCGGAAGACUUUAUCAGCAGAACGUUGCUCUGGACUACCACCAGAUCUGUCCUCCUGGACAGCUUGUGACGGACCUCCCUCAAUACUGUUGGAAGCCCGAUUCUUCGCAUUGGAAUGAGCCACGCGUCGCCCGCGAAUGGCGAUUCCGUCAAUUCCCUCCGCAUGAGCUCCUGGGUGUUCGGGUAGCUGAGACUGGAAAUGAGCCUUGUUGGAGAAAUAUUCUGGCUAUCGAGAAUGUUCCAUGGCUGGCAGGUCAUGAAAUGGAAGGGCAGACGGUAUUUCCUGCUGGUGGGUUCAUAGCAAUGAUUGGGGAAGCCUUGCGGCAAUUGGGAGGGGACUGGACUUACAGCCUUCGCCAUGUCACCCUCGCCUCUGCAGCUGUCAUGCAUCUUGACCACGCAACCGAGUUUAUCACCAUCCUCAGCGCCCUCGAUCCUGAUCCCACCGAGAAGACGACAUGGUACCGGUUUGGUGUCAAUUCUUUCGAUGGAACUACGUGGACUAGAAACUGCUAUGGGGAGGCUAGGUGCGGCGUCAACGACUCAAUCUCCAUGGCCGUAUCGGAGUCACCUCCUUGUUUUGCUCGCAAACUCAAUGUAGAUACCUGGUAUGAAGUUCUCCGCCGUGUUGGAUUUGGGUAUAGCGGGAUGUUCCAAGGCCUGCAGCAUAUCUCUGCCGCUACUACCGAGAACCGAGCGGCCGGCGUCAUUCCAGCUGAGCAGGGAGGAAUCACAGAUACCUACGCCCUGGAUCCAGCCCGAAUUGACCAGUGCUCUCAGAUUUCUAUCGUUGCAGCCCACCGCGGCAUAUUUCGGAGGUAUCGUCAAGUUGGCGUUCCCACUUUCAUUGAGGAGGUGGUCAUUUCGCCAACUAGUAAUAGCCUCAACAUCACAGCCGAGGUGCGAGCUGUGGAGAGAGGCUCUUAUGUUGCAGAUGUUGUAGCACAGAGAGCCGGACAGAUUUUCCUGAGUUUGAAGGGCCUGAAAGUUUCAGCGUUGAGCAAACGAGAUGAGUCGACAAUGGACCUCCCGUUGAUCGCGCAAUUCGAGUGGAGACCUCACGCUGAUUUCACUGAGUUGCGUGAUUACCUGCACUGCGCAAAGCAGUGCACAGAAGAGUGGCAUUUAUUGGAAGAGCUGGUACUUGCGUGCAUGAUUCAGACUCGAAAUCGAGCUUAUCGGACGGAUGAUUCACCGGAACACCUACAGAAGCACCUUGGUUGGAUAGAGACGCAGCUGGAAGUGUAUCAGACCGGCUUGAAUCGAAUUGUCUCCCAGGACCUUCGACUCUGGGAGUUAUGCGGUGAGGGUCUACAAGAUAGGAUUGAAGACAUUAUCCUCCAACUCAAUGGUUCCCCAUACGAUGCGUUUAGCAUCGCUUGUCAUCGUAUGUGCCAAGCGUCUGCAGCAAUGUUUGCCGGUGCACAAGAUGCGUUGCAGCUUCUAUCAGAGGACAACCUACUUCAUAAUAUCUAUACACUCGCAGAUACUUGGGACUACGAUGGUUUAUUUCAACUCAUCGGUCACACAAACCCACGACUGAAGGUGCUGGAAGUUGGCGCUGGGACCGGCACCACAACGUUCAAGGCACUGAAAGCCCUACGAUCGUCUUCUGAAGAACGCCUCUACAGCACGUACACUUAUACUGAUGUCUUGCCUGGCUAUGUCACAGCGGCCAAGGAGCGAUUUGCCGAGUAUGAAGGUUUAAAAUACGUCGUAUUGGACCUACGUCAGGAUCCGAUGCAGCAAGGCCUGGAGCCUGGAAGCUACGACUUGAUUAUAGCCAGUAAUGUCGUGCAUGCAACGCCGAGUUUGCAAAGGUCUUUGAAAAACGUCCGCAUGCUGCUUAAGCAGGAAGGCCGACUGUUACUGCAGGAACUGUGCCCAGAGACAAAUUUUAUAAGCUAUGUCAUGGGCUUUCUACCGGAAUGGUGGAUUGGGCAAGAGGAUGAUCGCCUUGAGCAGCCGUAUGUGUCCCCGGAAAGAUGGUCCAGAGAGCUUGCGGAAGCAGGAUUCCAAACACCACACGCUUCUAUGCUGGACAACAUCCCUCCGUAUCAUCUCAGCGCUUGUAUGAUUGCAUCGGUCGCAAAUGCCCGUGCUGAGCCUCACGAUGUAACCCUGCUAUGUCAUGACCCUAUGGCACCGUGGGCCCAACGAGUAUUGCAUAGCCUCCAACGUCGAGGCAUCCGCGUCGAACCUCUCGGGCCGGGAAAUCUACCUCUGCCUGGUCAGGACGUCAUCUCGCUGAUCGAUCUGGAUGACCCGGUGAUUCAUGCUAUGCCAGAAGCGAAAUUCAGAUCCACGAUGUCGAUGUUGCAGACACUGAAGAGCAGUUUGAUAUGGGUAACGCGGUCAGCACAGGUGGGCUGUUCAGAUCCCAGGGCUGCCAUGACGCUAGGCCUGGCUCGGACUGCACGGAACGAACUCGCAGUCAAGUUAUAUACUGUCGAAAUUGAUCACAACCGUCCCUCGCAAACCACAGCUGACUGCAUUACGAAGAUAUUCUGUUGGGUAGCGACGAGGAACACUUCGGAGGCGAUGAGCUCAGACUGGGAAUAUGCCAUCGUCGAGAACGAGAUUGUUACUCCAAGGAUGCAUUGGCAGACAGUUGCACAAUCGUUCGAACAGUAUAGCUCGCCUGACCAAUCGUCGAUCAAACAUCUUGCCAUUGAGAGUCCUGGUCUCCUGCGAACUAUGAAAUGGGUCGAUGGCCGGGAUGCGCAAGUAGAGGGAUGCGAUGUUCUGGUUCGGACCCAAGCUGUCGGCCUGAACUUCCGCGAUGUGCUCAUUGCGUCCGGUGUCCUCGACGAAAGCACCACGUUGCUUGGUUUAGAAGGAGCCGGAAUAGUUCAUGCUGUCGGCCCCGAUGUCCGGCAUGUGUCGGUUGGGGACCACGUUAUUUACAUGGGUACUGGAUGCUUUACCACCUAUAUGACACUGAACGAAUCCUGUUGUAUACAGGUAACGAAAUCCAUGUCCUUCGAGCAAGCCGCUGCAUUGCCAUGUGUCUAUGCAACCUCGGCAAUGGCAUUGAUUGAAAAGGCAAAUUUGCAACGGGGACAGGCUGUCUUCAUUCACUCGGCGUGUGGUGGAGUUGGCCUAGCUGCUAUCCAGGUUGCCCGGAUGAUAGGCGCCGAGAUCUACUGCACGGUGGGAGCCGAGACAAAGGUCGAAUAUUUGGUUCGGAAUUGCAAUAUACCGCGGUCCCAUAUCUUCCAUUCACGUAAUUCAUCUUUCGUUAAAGACGUUAUGGACGCCACCAACGGUCGGGGAGUGGACGUUGUUCUCAACUCGUUGGCCGGCGACCUUCUCCACGCCUCGUGGACAUGUGUGGCCGAGUUUGGAGUCAUGGUCGAGAUCGGCAUUCGUGAUUUUCGUCGCAAGGCUAAGCUGGCGAUGGAACUUUUCGAAGCAAAUCGAACCUUCGUUGGACUUGAAUUGAGGGAGAUAACGCGCGUCCGUCCCUGGAUAGUGACCGACAUUCUAAGACGUUGUGUCAACUGGAUCGAGGCUGGAGUGAUCACGCCCGACCCGAUCUCAAACAUCUUUCCGGCUGCAAACAUCCACGAGGCCUUCCGCUUGAUGCAGUCCGGUUCUCACAUUGGCAAGAUUGUGAUACAGAUGCCAGACGAUCCCAGGGUUCUGGGGACUAUGACCGUCAACCCCAGUCCAAUCUUUCAGCAAGAGCGGAGUUAUCUGCUUGUUGGCGGACUUGGUGGCCUGGGACGGGCUGUGGCUUCGUGGAUGGUUGAACAUGGUGCCCGCAACCUGGUCUUUCUGUCACGAACUGCCCUACACGCAGUUGAAAGUGAUGCCUUUGUUGAGGACCUGGAAUCUCAAGGAUGCCGGGUCCAAUUGGUGGCUGGCAGCGUCUGUGAACUCGUUGAUGUGAAGAAGUGUGUUGCGCAGGCCACCGCCCCAAUUGCUGGUGUCUUGAACAUGUCCAUGGUGUUGAGGGACGUCUCUCUGGAGAAGAUGACAUUUUCUGACUGGGUAACCGUUGUGGAGCCCAAGGUGCAAGGCACUUGGAACCUCCAUAAUGUCCUUCCGUCUAAUCUGGGCUUUUUCAUCCUCAUUUCAUCCUGCAGUGGCCUCUGUGGGCAGUGGGGUCAGGCAAACUAUGCUGCUGCCAACACGUUCCUGGACGCAUUUGUGCAGUAUCGCCAUCAUCAGGGUCUUCCAGCCUCUGUCAUUGACCUUGGUGUGAUGGGCGACGUCGGUUUUGUGGCUCGCAACCAGAACGUACUGCGUCAAUUCCAGAAUACUGGAGCCUUUGUACUCAAUGAAGAUAUGUUUAUGCAGGCGAUGGCAUUGGCCGUGCAGCGAUCACACCCCGUUGCCACUAAACUCCCUACACGGACAUAUAGCAAUCCGAGCCAGAUUGUCCUGGGCCUCAACACGGCCGUUCCUGCCUCCUCUCCGGCCAAUCGGGUCGCAUGGAAGAACGAUAUUCGUUUCGGCAUCUACCGCAAUCUUGACAGGGGUGGCGAAACCUCUACAACGGCUUCAUCGAAGCCCAACAGUUUACGAGAAUUUCUCGCUUCCGCCGCCACACAGCCAGUACUCCUUGAAGAGGAGGCAGCGGUGAUGAAGAUCACUGAGGCUAUUGCAGUGGCUUUGGCUGAUUUCCUCAUGAGAGAUCAAGGCAGCAUUGUCCCCACAGACUCAUUCUCGAGCCUUGGGAUUGACUCCCUGGUGGUUAUGGAGAUCCGCAAUUGGGUUCGGCAGCAUCUUGGCGUGGAUAGAAGUGUUCUGACGAUCCUUCGCUGCCCUUCGUUGUUCAAGCUGGCCGAGAGUAUUCGUGACGAGCUGCUUGGUCGGCUGAGUGGGUGAG